AUCUUGAUGUAGUGCAGUCUUGUGCACUUCGUCCUCCCUACUUUUUUUUUGUGUACUCACGGACUUUCUUUCCUUUCCAGCACCAAGAUCAUGUGGGAACCGCGAUCACCCGUACCCGACAACGGCAGCACGAGUUCAUCUUCUUGGUGGCACUACCCCAGCCCUAAUUGCCCCGAGAAUGAAGCGACACCGACGUCCUACCAACAGACGCCCGGUUCUUUCGAAAAGGGCAAAGGAAAAUCAAAGCAAAAAGCAGACCCUGGUGGAGUUUUUGGCGCAGCAGGAGUGCCUGCUCUCGGAAAAAAUCAACUUCCGGGGAAGACGAGCUGCUCUUCGAGCAAAAAGGGCGGGAAGCCGGAUCAGCAAGCAAGUGAUGUGUCAGCAUUCGGUAAAGGCUACGAGUACGACCAUGUCGCUCAGCUAGGAAAGCCGGCAGGAGCAACCUUCUAUCCGCCGACCGCAGAUUGGUAUAAUUUUGCCGACGGGACGGGAGCUACAGCUUCGCUAGGGUUUGCACCACCGACUCGAAGCCCGGGACUCGAUGUUGGAGCUGUCUCCGCUGCUACUGCUGGUUACUACGGCGGGUACUAUCAUCAAGGCGAAGAAGCAUAUGCAUAUCAACUUCCAUAUGUUGUUCCAGCGGCGCCUGCUCAUCAUCUUUAUCCGGAACUACAAACUACAUAUUUCCUUCCAGGCAUUUCUUCUGGGAAGAAAGGCAAGCACAGCGCCUCCCCGUACUACGCGGAUCAACAGCAGCCCCAUUGGAAGAUGUCGAAAAACGGAACACCCAGUGGAAAAGGCAAUAAAACUCAAAAUGCCGGAAAAAAAGCGGAAGCCACUUCGUCCGGUAGUUCCGAGGUGCGGGACAAACAAAAACAAGAAGUAACUGCUACUGCGACGUCUACAGCUUUAUCGGCUAGUAAAUCAUCAUCAUCGCCAGCAGAAGACGCGAGUCGCGUCAAGGAUAAGGAACAUUACAUCAGGAAACGAGGAAAAAAACAAAAACCAAAAGCGCAGGGAACAAAUGGAACAAAUUCAAAGAACACAGCAACGCGGCCCCCGCCGACCACUCUGGACCGGCAAUUGCAGGUGAUUUUAAACAAGGUGUCGGUGAGUAAUUUGCAGAAACUCCUGCAAAGCGAAGACGUCGCUAAUUUGGCAAUCAAAACACAAGCGGAUUUGCAGACCCUCGCGCGCAUGUUUUGUGCCCAAGCGAUGUACGAAUCGACGACGAAGGAAAGAGUUUUUGAAUUUGGCACGUCGUUUGUGCAGCUGUACGUUGUACUGUUGGAUCACGUUUGGAAAAAACGGCUUCCGGAAUUGACGUUCUUUUCCAUCCAAGAUUUGUUGCCCAGUAAUACGAAAGACAACUCUAGUACUCCCGCUCCUGCCGUGACCUUGUUCCGAGAGCUGCUGAUGACCGCCUUACAAGAGCAGUACGAUUUCACGAAAGAAAUGCGAGACCUGGCCUACUGGAAGAAAGACAGUAAAAAUCAUCUUCAUGCGGACACGAGCACCACCUCCUCCACGCGGCUUCUGAGUGGGCGGUAUCUAUGGUUUGGCUCGUCGGAAGACCAACACCAAAUCUACCCGCAGCGACAGCGGUAUGAAAUGCAAAAGUAUCGUACUAGUAUAAAUUGCAUUACAAAUUGAAAUUUCCCUAGCAUGACAAAUGAAUUUGUCAUGCUGUUUUAGCUUAGGAAGGCGACUUGUCAUGCAUAAUUGCGAUUACUACGAAACGAGUGCGAUACUUUUGCACAGGAUAAGCGUUGCGCGUCAACGUUCUCGAGCAACUUAUGCACUGCCACGCCCGUGAUCCCGUCAUCUUUAAAAAUGUCUCAGAAAUGGCCUCGGGAAUGUAAGGCGGAGGCAAUUCCCACAACGCCGGCGCCCCUCGUUGUGGUUGCAGGGAAGAGGGGCACGCAAGGCGUCGAGCCGGGCCAUCGCAAAGCAGCUUCCUCGAGACGCGGCGCCCGCUGCCGUAUUUGGCGCAUUUUUGUGGCGCGCAAUGCGGGCCGCGGCUGGCGUUGACGUUCGGGCGCCGCCCGUUUGCCCCUUAUCCUUUUGCCGGCCUUCCCUUGCAUAUAUGGACGCGAAGUGCCGCAGCGCCACACUUGUGUCGGGCCUAUCUGUGCCCGCUUCCUUUCGUUUUGUCGCAGGCGCGCCGGCGUCUUGUCCGCAGCCCGGUACGAAGCAUUGCAGGCGCCGCGUCUGCCCCUGCAUUUCCGCCGCCCCGGCGGUUCAGUGCCUGCUCUGACAGGUUGAGGCCUUCAGCGGGGCUGCCUCUGUAAGAAGGCAGUGCGCUGGCCUUGCCGCUGUUCCUUUCUUUGUUUCUUUGGCAGCAAGGCACGGGCCCGGCCUUGCUUUCUGCGCGGCGGACUGCUAUUCUGGCCCUCCUCCCUUGUGGGCGGCCGGCAUGGCCGGCCUCACCCGGGAGGGCAACCAACUGCCGGCCUCCCAUUCGUUGGCCGCCUGCCGGCGCCGCUUGGCCACAGCCGGGCGCUUCGUCAGCCCAUUGUCGUGGCGCAUUGCUUUCGCAUGCGCAGGCGCGCCCCUUGGCGCGAGGGGGAUUUUGCCCUGCUUCUCUAGAUCACAGGGCCACCGUGUCACGCGCGUGACACGGGCGGACCCGGCUUCGUUUUUCCUCGUCUCUUGCUGGUCUUGGGUGGUUUGGUGGCAAGCAGAAUUGCUUCAGUCAGUUUCCCUUCGCUUCUACCGCCCAAGCCCAGGGCGCUGCCGCGUGUGUGUGUCUAUGAUUGGCAUCCAAGGCAGUCUUAGACCUGGGGCGAAGGCCUGCCUCAGCCCGCGGGCCCUUCCUGGCUUCUGCCAGCCGGACCGGCCGCCGGCCGACAGCCAGGCUGGCGCCCCCGCGCGGGCCGUGUUGGCCUUGCUUCGAUGCAAGUGCCGGCGAAGGCCUUGCAGCGGCUUAUAGGCAAAGCCGAACCGCAUGAAGUUAAUGGGGCUGCUUAACUCAUUGGCGCAGCCACUGGCGCCAUGUGUGGCGCCGCUCCUCUCCCUCGGCACGACUUAGGCGCCCCCUUCACCAACGAGAGCGGCGGCCGGCAGCCGGAUGAAGCAGCAGCCGCCGGAGUUCGCGAACGCGGCCCCCGUGUCAGACCCAGAGUCCGACGAUGAUGUGCGUUGACGAGCUUCAGCGCCCCGAUUACAGCUGACCCGUUGUAGAUAUUGCGUAGAGCAAAACUCUACUUGGCCUGUGGAGGCCACAUGUUGUAAGCUAUUUGGCUUGUGGGGGCCACACGUUGUGACUCAGAAUCAGAAACGUCGCGAAUGAGAAUCAGAAUCAUGGCGAAUGUGAAUCGAGCUACGGUAGUAAAAAGACCGCGAAUGAAGCGAAAAAAUUGAAAGGACCGGGCCAAGAAAGUAGGCCAAAAAAAAAGGCGAAAGCGAAGCCACACGCGCUACCGGGUGCCGCAUUUCUGUAAAGGGAGGAAAAAUGUCGAGGCCUUCGCAUUUUUCUCCAUCAGGAAAAAACCUGAGAGCGUUUGCAUUUUUUUCCUUCAGGGAAAAACCCAAAAAAGUUCGCGCGAUUUUCUUUUAGAAAAAAACCAAAAAAGUUGCGCGCGAUUUUCUUUUAGAAAAAAACCAAAAAAGUUGCGCGCGAUUUUCUAUCACAAAAAAACCCAAAAAAGUCGCGCGCGAUUCCCCGAUGUAAAAAAACCAAAACCGAAGACGGGCCAGGUUUUCUGCCUUCCCCCGAUGGUAUGAGACCGAUCAGGUCGGCGAUUUUCCACAUUUCUGGCCUUUAGAAAAUCGCGCGCAGCUUUUUGGGUUUUUUUGUUAUAGAAAAUCGCGCGCAACUUUUUCGGUUUUUUUCUUAUAGAAAAUCGCGCGCAGCUUUUUUGUUUUUUUUCUAAAAGAAAAUCGCGCGAACUUUUUUGGGUUUUUCCCUGAAGGAAAAAAAUGCAAACGCUUUCAGGUUUUUUCCUGAAGAAGAAAAAUGCAAAAGCCGCGACAUUUUUUCCCCAAUAGCAGAAAUGGCGCCACGGUUUUCCGCGUUUCGGCUUUUCUUGGUGUUGCUUUUUCGCGGGUUUCGCAGUGCCCUUGAUUGUUUUUUUUCAGCUUUGCAGGAUGCUCCUUAUUCGUUUCAUAAAUUCGGCAAAAAUUGCCGCACGGAUCAAGUUCAUAACGAUCGCCACAGCCACCCGAGAGCGAGGGAAUCGAUGGCAAAUCCGUCCGAGAUUGUUUCCAUCGAUCUCGCGCGCGGGCCGUUGCGCCGUGGCGAACGAGUCCGAUCCCGUGAAAAAGGUGCCUUUGCGUGAAGGCUGCAAAGGGUCGAAAUUUCCGCGAAACUGCGAAGAAGAUCCGCGGCGCGGCAGUAUUGCCACCUCUUCCGGUGUUAUGUUGCAAGGCCGCGGCAUCUCCAGAGCAGUUGCGGAGUGAUCUACAGAGCAGGCCCAGAGCGCUCCUCGCGCUUCUCAUAUCCCGGACGGAUGUCCUGCAGAGCACGCCCAGGCCGAUUGCUAAGACUGGGCGCGUGAAUAUUGUCGGCCGGUCCGACGGAGGGGGGCCGGAAUGGGCGGCCGGCGUUUCGGGCAGGUCUUCGGGAUUUGGGCGCGGCAAGUGAGCACGCAGCGAAUGAAGGGGCGAAGAACUGUGGUGGGCGGAGGGUCCGGCGCAAGAUUGCGCAGGUUUUUGCGGGUAAAGAGCAGGGCGGUGGAAGCCCGGCCGGCCCGGCCGCCGGGCUCAGGAUGUAGAAGCUUCGCGCGCCGCAGCUGUCGCGUGCGACCUUGGCCGGCGACACCUACCGCACUGCGUUGAUGGUAGGCGGCCCGGUGUGUGCUUUUGCAGGGGCAGGCCGCUGGCCCGGCGCGCUACCUAGCUGGGCACCCAGGGAAAGGCCGCCGAUUCGGGGAUGUUGGGUGGGAGGGUUGGGCCCGGUUUUUCUUUCUUCAGGGAAAUCAUAUUGGGGGGAAGAAGCCAGGGCCCCUCUCGGUUUUCCCCAAGGAAACCUGCUUGGCGUGUUUCUUACAAGCGCACAAGCAAAGGCGCGCCGGCGCGCUGGAGCUGGUUUGUAUUUUCGCAGAAAGAAAUUAGGAAACACGGCCCGCGCAAAAGACGCAGGCCGCGGCGCGUGCUCGGAGGGACGGGCGGGCCGCACUUUGUGGGCCGCGCGCUCGCAUGCGCGCCCUGUCGGCCGGCCACCAGCCGUCGCACGGAUUGCCAGCCGGCCACCAGCUUUGCGCGCUGGGCGACAACCUUUGUCCUAACCAGCGCGCAACACCCUCCGAGGGGCGCUCCCCGUUUUUCCGAACCGUGGCGCCAUCGUGUCACGUGUGUGACGCGAGCGGCAUGCGCUUCAGUUUUGCAGCGUGGUGGCGUAGGGCGCGCGCCCCGGGGGUUCGCCGGGUCUGUGGUUUUGGGUCUAUUGCCCGCGCCCAAUCUUCGCGCCGGCCGGCGGUCCGCCCAUGUAGGUUGUCCAGGACGGCGCAGAUAAUUCCCGUGGCCCGUCCUUCCGUUGCUAUGGCGUGCUCAUCGUGUCGCGCAUCAGUGAUGCGCGACGUAUGGAAGCGACCAAGACGAUGACUCCGAUGCGCGGCGAUAUAUGCAAAGUCGGGACAUUUCUGAGCAGAUUCCUGGAGCAUUCCUGAGGCAUUUCCAGACCCCCUCUGAUCACGGGCGGUCCGUGAGUAAGCAACCAUCUGCGGUUCGUUGGUGAGCUGUUUUUGAAGGACCUCGUCCCCUUGAAAGCGAUCACGGAUAUUUUGGAUGAUUUGCUGCACAUGACAGUGCCAGCAGUUGUGUUGAAAGAAGAAAAUAACAACCUUCCGCGCGAGGAUGGGCUCGACGCCGCGAGAAUGCUUUUGAAAACCGUUGGGUUUGCGCUGCAGUGCAUGUCGUCAUCUGCUCAGGAGGACGGGAUGGAAAACCAAGGAAAGGGGCAACAAAAAGGAGCCGCUCAAGAAGAACAUCUGUGGGACAGGUAUCUCGCCAGGUUCCAGUUGUUGACGGAGGUCAAAAGAGAAAAAGACGACAGCAAACGGUACUACGGGAUGCGCGUUCAGGUUUUUUUCGAGGAUCUGGUUAGAAAAGCGGAGUCUGAGGAGUGGAAAACAUUGGCGGCGGAAUACAAAAACCGGGAGAAAAAUGCACUUCUGCUUUCUUCACCUGCUUCCGGGGAGAAAGUGGAAGACAAGGACGAGAGUGUUGUGGAUAAGUAGGGAUACGAAAUUAUAAGGAACUCUAAAGAACGUAUUCUUACUUGGGCUUGUCGUGCCAACAGCAUCAAAUCUGUAUCAGUCUAACAAGAACAGCGUGCGACGAGACCAGCUCCCUACUUCGUUUUUACAUUUUUUGCACAGCAUCAAGUCCAAGUUCAAGAAGAUGUCUUGGGUCUCCUGGUAACCAGUUUGGUGCUUGAAUUUUCCAAGAAUUGAGAUGAAGCAUCACGACCCUACAUCAAUGCGUGCAGCAGUCGUAGAUUGGAUCAAUUACACCCGAUUGCGAUUCUCCAUAAAGACCAGCAAAAUAAACUUCAGAGCAGGGUGCUUGAAUAAGAAUAAAUUGU